AUGUUUGGAGGUAGAGCGAUCCACUGGUUGGUGAGAGAUAGGCUUCAUUCACAAACCACUGCCUCUCCGGUUUUGUCUUUUCUUGUUUCCAAGAAAGAGCAGGAAAGCAUUGGAGUAGGCAUGAAGUCCUUGAGGGCGCUGGCACUCUUUGGAGCAGGUGUAUCAGGCCUUUUAAGUUUUGCAACAAUAGCAUCCUCUGAUGAGGCCGAACAUGGUUUGGAAGCCCCAAGCUAUCCUUGGCCUCACAAAGGCAUUCUCAGUUCAUAUGACCAUGCUUCGAUUCGUCGUGGUCACCAGGUUUAUCAAGAAGUCUGUGCAUCCUGCCAUUCAAUGUCCCUGAUUUCAUAUCGGGACUUGGUAGGCGUGGCAUAUACAGAGGAGGAAACGAAGGCUAUGGCAGCUGAGAUCGAGGUAGUCGAUGGGCCUAAUGAUGAAGGGGAGAUGUUUACCCGUCCUGGCAAAUUGAGUGAUCGUUUUCCCCAGCCAUAUGCAAAUGAACAGGCAGCUAGGUUUGCGAAUGGAGGGGCCUACCCUCCUGAUUUGAGUCUUAUAACCAAAGCUCGUCAUAAUGGCCAAAAUUAUGUUUUUGCCCUUCUGACUGGUUAUCGUGAUCCUCCUGCUGGUGUUUCGAUUCGAGAAGGAUUGCAUUACAAUGCCUACUUUCCUGGGGGAGCUAUUGCCAUGCCUAAAAUGCUGAAUGAUGGAGCUGUUGAGUACGAAGAUGGCACUCCAGCAACAGAAGCUCAGAUGGGGAAAGACAUCGUGACAUUUUUAUCAUGGGCUGCAGAGCCAGAAAUGGAAGAACGCAAACUGAUGGGUUUCAAGUGGAUAUUUGUACUAUCAUUGGCACUUCUUCAAGCUGCUUAUUACCGGCGAUUGAGGUGGUCUGUUCUCAAGUCCCGGAAGCUGGUUCUUGAUGUCGUCAACUAG